AUGUACGAGUGCAUAACCCCAAAAUGUGAAUUGGUUGUUGUUACGUCGCUCAUGGAAUUGGGAUCCAUAGCGAAAGUAACAACACUCGAAAUGUCGAAACGUUCGAUCGAAGAAGGUAUCAAGGAGGAAGGAGAAGGAGGAGGUGGUGGGGGUGGGGCGACGAUCAAAGUCGAAGAGGAAAUAAUGGAAGAUUAUGAAAAUUUUCAAAACGUGAGUCAAACGGUGUCGGUGGUUUCGUCUUCGCCACCGGAAACUUUACCGCAGUUACAAAGGCCGGUGAUAACGGUUAAAGAUUUUAGAAUGCCGUCUGCUCCUGUCGGUUUGGUAUCGUCGAGCACGUCGUCGUCGUCGUCCUCGUCGUCAUCGUCGUCAUCACCGCCGAAUUCGAAUUGCAUGAGACCUCCUCCGCCGCCGGGACCACCGAGAGGUCCUCGUUCGUCGUCGGGAUACGUCGUAGAAGUCGUUAAACAGGAAAGACUAGAAAGAGACAGACAACAUCCGCCGCACGAGGAACCUUCGAGUUCGAUACCGGAUUUGGGUAAGUCAUAA